GAGAAAACUGAGCGGCAGGCUUGCACUUUCUUGGAGGAAGAAGCACCUCCGGAGGGUGGGGUGGUGGUUCGCUGGUGAUCGGCAAGGCCUGCUGUGGCGCCGUGGCUGGGCGGGAUUAACAAACACAGCUCGGUUCAAAAAGGUUCCUGGUAUUUCAUAACGGGCGGCGUUCAACUGGAGCACAGGCUUCACCAUACAGCUUGCAGCCUUUAUGCGGGGGAGAGACAAAGCUGUUGAGGUGCAUCUUUUCCAAGUCGCGCACACAGCAAAGGGCAGGAGGCAACGGAGGAAGGGCACGUCUGGGCGAAACAGUCGCUUGCUUGUGGGGAUAGAUCCUCCCGCACGCACACCAUGAGCGCGCACUUCAGUUCCAUGUACGAUCAGAGCUCCGGCCUUGUGCAAUGGAGCCCUGACGGUCGGUGGGCCAUCGUGCCAGGGUGUGGGGGAGGUCGGAUUAUGUCAGCAGCGGCGUCAACACACCUUCGUAAGCUAACUUGCGUCCGUCUUGAAAAGGGCGGCCUGCGGCCUUGCCUGGACAAGAUUGAGGCCUUGGAGUGGGCGUCAGACUCCGACCUCCUGCUGUGCGCGAUGUACAAGCGCUCGCUUGUCGAGGUUAUGUCGGUUGCGAGACCCGACUGGCAAUGCCGAAUACGCGAGGGCUUGGCGGGGAUGGUCAAGGCGCUGUGGGCUCCCGACGCUAGACACGUCGUCACGUUUUCCGACUUCAGCUUGCACAUGAGCGUGUGGUCGCUGUCCACGCGGCAGUUGCACACUGUCCGCCAGCCGAAGGCUGCUCCGGGAUGUAUCGCCUUCAGCCCGGACGCCCUCAUCAUGGCCGUCGCCACGCGACGAGAUUGCAGAGACCACCUGAAGCUGUACGACACUAGGUCGUGGGAGUCUCUCGGCGAAUUCACGGCGGAGACGGUGGACCUCACUCACGUCGACUUCUCUCCCGACGGUUUCACCCUGUGCCUGCAGGACACGUCGCUAGAAUACCGGGUGAUGUUUUACUCGCUGGCGGGGAAGCUGGUCGGGCGCUUGGAGGCGUACUCGCGCGCCCUGGGCGUCAAGUCAAUGGCGUGGUCGCCCGCCGGCACGCUGCUGUCGGUCGGCAGCUACGACCAGUGCGCGCGGCUGGUUUCUCCGGUGACGUGGAAGGCGGUGGCGGUUCUGCGGCACGUGCACCCCAAGACGCAGCCGGGUUUCGAGAAGGUGGCCUGUUACCGCGAAGUGCCUCUAGGGCAGCAGCAAGAUUACGAAGAAGGAGAGGAUGGGAGCGACAACAACAAAGAGAACGGCGGGGCCGGAAACAACAGGAUGAGGGCACCGUCGAACGCGUCAUCGCUGUCGCUGGUAAUGCAGUCACGCGCCGGUGGCGGGGCGGUCGGGACGAAAGGGGUGAAAGGGGGACGACGCCCCGGGCCGGAGAGUACCCUCAAGCCGAAAAUCUCGAGCAAGGACGUCGACAUCACGUACGCACCGGCACUGACGGGGCCCAUUCCCUCCGAGCGGCCGGACCCGUCCAAGCCAAACCCGCGGCUCGGGGUGGGGCAGAUCAUGUCGUGGAGCGUGGACGGGAGAUACCUGGCCACGCGCAACGACAACAUGGCCUCGGCGCUCUGGGUGUGGGACGCGGAAGACCUGUCGCUGUCCUCCGUGGUUGUGCAGAUGGAAUCCGUGAGGUCGGCGAAGUGGUGCCCUACUCGGUACAAGCUGGCCAUCUGCACGGGAAACCACCACGUCUACUUGUGGAGCCCGGAGGGGGCUUCGUGGGUCGACGUCCCCUCGGAGGGCCUCGAGAUUCUCGGAUUCCGCUGGGCCCCCGACGGAGGUGCCCUUCUCCUCCUCACGAAGGACAAAGUCUGCUGCUGCUACCUCUCGGAGCCCGACGCUGGCGCCGCCGGUGAUGACGAACUUGCUUCGGCGGGAGAAGGAGAGGGAGGAGAGCCUCUGUCCCGGCGGCAGGAGGAGGAGGAGUUUGUGGAGAGGGGGGGGGGACAGGAAGCGGUUGGAGUGGUGGUUUGAAGCUCAUGGAGGGGUGCACGCCGUCGUCGUGUGGCUUUGUUGACCACGACUCGCUCUCGAGGCAGAGCGAGGAGGAGCAUACGUGGGCUGUCUCGCCCGCCCAGGGCAAACAUCUGCUGCCGCGGGUGCGGCUGCUGCUAUCAAUACCUCCUACAGCGUUUGGAGUGGGUCCGUUGCUCUUUUCUGUUGUUGUUGUCGAUAUUUGUACUGUUUUGAAUGGCCCUAUUUUUUUUUGUGGACAAGGGCGCACGGUUUGGCUAGUCAAGCAGAGCUCGUGCCGCCCUUGUGCCAACGUUGGCAUCGCCUCAGCUGACAUGGCGCAUGUCGAGCGUAUGUACGGGGCGCAUGUUUCCUGCGGCAACGAUGAUGUGUUGUAUUUUUUGUGCUAGUUUGUCACGGCGGGAACAAUACACGUGCCCGUUUGUUUGUUAUCGUAUUGUUCAUCAAGAGGCAUUGGUUCGUUUGUAAAGUAGUAAUUUGCCUCCCUAGCGUCAGGGACAACGACCUAGAGACACGCGCGUGCCUGUGUGCACAUACAUGUGUCUCCGGUACCAUGAGGCACUUUGUUGUCAUGUGCGUGAGGGCGAAACCCUGCGGGCGGCAUCGUGUGGUAAACCGCGGAUGCCUCCUUGUUAUUGUUGAGUUGUCACACGCUGAUGUUGGGUGUCCGUUGUAACAGCAGUUGGCCUUGUCUUUUCUGCACGCACGCUCUCGAUCAUCGACGACGAGCGUUCUUCUGCCAAGCUCAGUUUGUUCCGGGAGAGCCAACGGCGUCCUCGUGUUAGAUUGUUUUCGGUUGCUGUGAAGGUGCAUACGUUACGUUUCAUAGACGUGCAAUGCUUCGCCUUCCUGGUGUAGAUAGCCCUACGGUGUGUGCCGAGUGGCGACACUCUUCACAGUAUGUGAGGGGUGAGUGUUCUCCAGACGGCCCGGACCAUUGGAUGGCCGAAACCUCGCCGUCUGCCGUUGUUGAGCAUCCACACGCUGUUAUAUUUAGGCAGUCAUCCCGUCUUCUGCAGCGGGAAUCACGACGACUUUUUUUUCUUGAACUGGUAUUGCUGUUGGCUGUUCACACGCAAUGGGCGCGUGCCUUGCGAGCCCGCAGCUAGAAAUAUCUACACCCACAGCGCAUGGUCGUGGUGGGGUAGGGUAGAGGGGGGGAGGGGAUAUGCGCUCUAGCUCUAGGCGGCCGUAGUGUAAGUGCGCACGCGACGCAACGAGUUGAGUGCGCGAGCUGUUAAAAAUGUAAGCUGCCUAUUGUUUAUGUUCAACUUUGAGUCUUGGGUGUCUUGUCUUCGGUGCUGCUGCAGAGUGUAGGGGUCGUGUUAUGUAGGCGUUGAUGGUUGUACUGUUACAGGUGCACUUGUGCUUGUUUGUUUGUUGCGUGAGGGGUAAGGUGUGCGUCGGCCUCAAGUGAAACGACUACCGACACUAGUGUUUUGGCAAGUUUUGGUGCUAGAUUGCAUUUCGGUGUUUCUGGUGUGUAGCGUGACAUUUUGAACGGGGGAAGUAUGGCCAUAUGUAGAAAUGAGAAUACGAGCAUCAAGUUACGCUGGACUCUUCGUCAGUUGCAGUACUGUAGCGACCCCGGUCGUGUAUCGAAUAUGUUGUUGUUUGGAAGACUGCGAGCAAAGUUCGCCUGCUGCCUCUGCGUCGCUCGCGCUUCCCCAAUGGUGAACUUAAUGUGCAAGAUGGUCGUCCACAGAGACGCAGCAGAAGAGAAUGAACGCCUUCCAUGCGGUCGAAGCGUUUCUAAUGGUACUGA